UCUUUUCUAUCAAUCAACUUUCAUCAACAUUCCACUCCGUUUGUUUAAUCGCCCCACGCAGUCACAAUCGAUGUUACUUCCAAAGCUGCUGAUGAUUCGAUGAAAAUAUCCAUUAUUUGAAGCACAUCAUAUCCGACAACAAGAACAAAUUUUCGGGAAAAGGAGGAAACAUGUCGGAGCACGGUGACAGCGACAUGGACGCGACGGAAGAGAUCAAUGUGGACGACUCAGAUUCCCGGAGUUGUAGUCCGCAACAUUACGUGAGUCACGACGGCCGCCACAUGUCCCAGGAGACAUCCGAGUGUUCCACUUCGCCGCCUCCUAGUCAAACCAGCACAAGGAUGCUAGCAAACGAUUCUCCUCGUAACCAUCCGUUCAGUAUAAGUCGUUUGUUGGGUGAGAGCGGCGUCCAGAAUCCCAAGAGUCCGUCUUCGGAAGAACCGGAUAGUGAUAAAGAAAGAAAAUGGUCCUGGGAAGAAGGCAAUAAUAAUAAUAAUAAUAAUAACAAUAAUAACAAUAAUCAAGCAUCCUCGGGUGGCAUUUUCGAUGACGGUAGACGGUCCUGGGGCCACGAUGCUGAAGAGAAGCUAUCAGAGAAAGAUGACGAUGACAGUACGCCCGAUACUCGCGCCAACUCUUCUUCGUCCGUUCAUUGCACUUCAACAGCGGAUCUCCUCGCACCUUUUCGAAUCUUUCCUACUAGUACCGGUUUUAUCUACACCAGCGGUGGUGUCAUAAGAGUACCGGCGCACCGGCCACCAGGCGCAAAUGGCGCACCGGCCAGCUCUUUGCCCGCACAGGCGCUGAUACCACCCUGGAGUCUACAGGCUCUUCAACACAGUCAACAACAAGUCGCGGCGGCUGGUCUGCACAGGGCAAACCUCUUGGCAAAUCUCGCUACGCAUCCUCUGCAGGCACAUCCGCAUCUUAAGGACAGACUGGCAGUGGCCGGAGCAUUUCCGAGACGGAUCGGUCAUCCCUAUCAGAAUCGAACACCACCGAAGAGGAAGAAACCGAGAACGAGCUUUACGAGACUACAAAUCGCGGAGUUGGAAAAACGCUUUCACAAACAGAAAUAUCUGGCCUCCGCCGAACGGGCGGCAUUGGCAAAAUCGUUAAAGAUGACGGAUGCGCAGGUGAAGACUUGGUUCCAAAAUAGACGGACAAAAUGGAGGAGACAAACUGCAGAAGAGAGAGAAGCCGAGAGGCAGGCCGCGAAUCGGUUGAUGAUGUCUCUGCAAGCAGAAGCUCUCGGCAAGGUGGCGUAUUCAACAUCGGUAUCUGGGCAUCCGGGUGGUGCUCCUGUAUCCAGUCUGGAUAGGCAGCAAACCUCAACGACGGCCCUGAGCCAUCCUGUCGGGCAAUGGGCCUCCCCUUACGGCCCGCCACAGCCUCUAGCUGAGCCGAUUUGCUGAAGCGCAACGACAGUUCGAGAGAUUCUUGUUAAGUGAAUCGUUGUUCUCAUCAUUCUUUUCCUAUAUCGAAAAUCAGAACAAAUUUUUCUUUUUGUUUGUAAUUGUUUUAGUUAACGAACGAGAAAAUCGACUGAGAUGAGAUAACAACACAGAUUGUUUUUUCUUUUCAUUUUAGAGUAAUUACGGAUCAUAAACUAUUAGCAUCGCCUUCUUUUUGCCUUAUGAUAUUCAAACGACUACCAUCAAACACGAACGUCCUAAAGAGCACCGCGAAAUCGAUUGUACAUUGCCUUACAACGUCACAUACUCGGAGCUAUAUUAUACUUAUUAGCUACAUAGCUCGAGAUUUUGCCAUAUAACUGUCACGGUUUGAACAGUUAAUCAGCGCGGUACAAUAGCGCACGAGGCGCGAUAAUCAUCGUAAAUUUAUUAUGUACGAACAAUCGGAUCACAUUAAAAGCGUCCAUUCCUUUUCGUGGAGCGAGGAUUAUUGCAAUUAGCUUCGAUUGACGCGGCAUUAUCGACAUGUACGUGUCUCGACUCAACGAAAUGGAAUCUCGCGGAGAAGAGUACUUCUCCAAAAUGUUAUUUCUAGAUCGCAUUGAACGGACCGGACGUUCGAUAAUGUUCCCGCAUACUGAGCUACUCGAUCCUUCCUAAAGAGAAGCUGUUUUCCCGUAUUAUGCAUCGUAAAAUAAUCAUCGAUCGCAAAAGUGAAGACGCAGCGAAGACCAAAAUCCGUAUUCACAUCCUUAUUUGACAUCAUAAAUUUAAAAAAAAUGUCCGGGUAAGUUUAAAAUUUUAUAUAGUUUACACGAUCAGCGCGAAUGAAUUGAUUUUGAAGAUAUGACUGAUAAGAGAUAUAAUAUUUCGACUUUUUUCUGUCAAAUAAAAAUAUCGUUUUAUUAGAUGUGAGUACGGACAUGACGAAAUAGCUGACGUGACAUAUCCAUGUACAUACACAUAAGCGUCAUAGUUAUAUUAGAUAUUGUACUUGUAUAAUAUAUGAAGUACUUGUAUACGCAGAAGCGCUGUCGUGCCAACAUACCGACGGUGUAUGUUCUUUUUAAUUGAUAAAUACGUCCUGUAUAUAUUAUUUCACGUGAAUUAUUGCAACGUGACGAAAUGCAAUCAAGAUUAUAUUAUAUAUCUCUAAUAUUAUUAUUAGACAUAUACUACUAAAAAAUAAAUCAUAUAUACUACGAUUGUCAUCGUAGUCGUCAUCGUAUGAUUAGGUAUGUUUUAAAUUAAAUUCGAUCGUAAUUAUUAUUAUAAUGAAUGAUGUGAUGUUAUGUAAGUAAUGUGUAAUGUUGUAUAUAUAAGAAAAAAAUUGAAAUGCAUAUAAAAUGAUUUAACUGCUA